CCAAAACUGGCAAAACUUCACGCGAAGACACCGUUAGUGAAGACCAUUAUCUACAUCGAGGGCAUCAAAGAGCUCAAGUCCAACGACUUUGGAUCGGAGGUCGAGUUAAUACCAUUCAAGCGAUUGGUCAGCGAUGGAGAGGCGGCGCCCGAGACACUGACCGGAGUGGAGCCACAACCCGAUGACACGGCUGUUAUCCUAUACACUUCUGGAUCGACGGGAACACCUAAAGGGGUUGUACUGACUCACAAGAACUUCAUGGCAUCGGUGGUGUCGCUGCUGAGUAUCCUUAACCGAGACAUCAUCCACGAGGCCGAUAAGCACCGGUACAUCGCGUACUUACCAUUGGCUCAUUCGCUGGAGUUCGUGGCCGAGACCUUCUUCUUCUCGGUGGGCGUCCGCAUGGGUUACGGCACGGCAUUCACGCUCACCAAUCAGGGAACGGCUAUACGUCGGGGCGAUAAGGGAGACCUGGCUCUGCUCAGGCCGACCAUCAUGACAGCCGUACCGCUAAUUCUGGACCGAAUCCGCAAAACCAUCGAAGACACGAUCGACCGGAAGGGCCCGUUCGCCAAAGAGCUGAUGACAUACGCCCUGACAUACAAGUCCUAUUGGGACCGUCGCGGCUACUCUACACCACUGGUCAAUAAGUUUGUGUGCGCGCCCGUCAGGGCACAGGUGGGCGGAGCGCUCAGGUAUAUGGUGGUCGGCGGCGCACCGCUCAGCCCAGAGACCCAACGGAUCAUGAAGUCGGCGCUCAAUAUUAAAUUACUUCAAGGUUUCGGGUCGACGGAGACGUGUGCGGCCACAGCUGUGACCGAUUUCGAUGACCUGAACUGCGGCCUAAUCGGUGCCCCACUUCACGGCUGUAAACUGAAGCUCCAGGACUGGGAAGAGGGCGGCUAUAGAGCCACCGAUAAGCCCAACCCCAGAGGGGAGCUGAUAGUGAGCGGCGAUUUUGUGGCCAAAGGUUAUUACAAACUCGACAAACAAACGGCCGAAGAGUUUGAAGAGGUG